UGGUUGCUGUCUAGCUGAAGACAUGAUUUUGUGGUAGGAUGUUGAGGGCAUGAUGCCCAUUUUUUCUGUUGAAGCAGCUGAAGCAUGGGAUUCUUUGAGCGAUGAUAAAGAAAUUGUUAACAGUUACGAGAGGUUAACGGCUCUUGAUGGGAAGCGGAGGUUUGCAUUAGCAGCUGCAGGAUCUCACAAGGAAGAGGUUGGCAGACUAAGAGAAUAUUUUGAAGAUGUAGAUCAGACUUGGGAGACAUUUGAGAAGACACUAUGGGGUCAUAUUUCCAACUUCUAUAAACUUUCUAAAGAAAGCCCACAAACUUUGGUUGUGCUUUAAGGGUUGUUGAAAUGCAAGAAAUCCUUGAUCAACAACUUGCUGAGGAAGCAGCUGAAGCUGAGGGAGGUGGUGCAAUGGCAUCAAUUGCAAAUCCUCGUAGAACUGCCAAGAAGUCUACUAAUGUAACAGCUUCUUCAAGGAGUCUAAUGCAGCAGAAAUUGAAGGUUCAAGGAAAAGGCUAUAAGGAUAAAUGCUAUGAGCAAAUAAGGAAGACUGUUGAAGGACGGUUUAACAAACUUCUUACUGAGCUUGUUUUCGAAGACCUUAAAGCAGCAUUAGAGGAAGCUCGAACAAUUGGUGAAGAGCUUGGAGAUAUUUAUGACUAUGUUGCUCCUUGUUUUCCUCCAAGAUAUGAGAUAUUCCACCUCAUGGUAAAUCUGUAUACUGAGAGGUUUAUUCAGAUGCUUAGACUGCUCAGUGACAGGGUGAAUGAGCUAACAAAUAUAGAGAUUUUGAACGUCACUGGUUGGGUGGUUGAAUACCAAGAUAAUCUGAUUGGGCAUGGGGUUGACGAGUCUUUGGCUCAAGUUUGUUCUGAGAGUGGUGCCAUGGAUCCCCUCACGAAUUCAUAUGUAGAGAGAAUGCUAGCUACGACAAGGAAAUGGUACUUGAAUAUCUUGGAAGCUGAUAAGGUACAGCCACCAAAGAAAACAGAAGAUGGAAAGCUGUAUACACCAGCUGCUGUUGAUUUAUUCAGGAUCCUAGGAGAGCAGGUGCAAAUUGUUCAGGAUAAUAGCACUGAUGUCAUGCUAUACCGAAUUGCUUUGGCAAUCAUUCAGGUGAUGAAUGAUUUUCAAGCUGCUGAGAGGCAGAGACUUGAAGAACCUGCUUCUGAAAUUGGUCUGGAACCUUUGUGUGCAAUGGUUAACAACAAUCUACGCUGCUAUGAUCUUGCAAUGGAGCUAAGUAAUAGCACCACGGAAGCUCUUCCACAAAACUGUGCCGAGCAGGUUAAUUUUGAAGACACUUGCAAGGGUUUCCUAGAGGUUGCAAAGGUGUUUAAUAAAGAUAUAAGAAAAUCAUUGAUAUUUAGGGAGGAUUGUGAACGUGUUAACCAGAAUUUCCAGAUUGAAGAGAUGGCGGAAGACAUGCCAAAUCCAUGGCCUUGUCAUCCGUUGCUCGAAGAAGAAGAUGUGGAGGUUGAAGUCUUCACGGAGGAGGUGCAUAAGGCAGCAACCAGAGGCAAACUAUGUGUAGUUGGGAAAUUAUUUGUAGAUAGAUAUGUGAGCAUGGAGACCCUCAAGAAUGCCCUGAUGAAAUGGUGGAGACCUCUGGAGUCUUUAAUAUUCAAAGUGCUGGGUGAAAAUCUCUUUCUUAUUGAGUUUGAAAAUACUCGAGAUAAAGAGAAGGUUCUUAAGGGUAGACCCUGGGUCUUCGAAGGUGAUCUAUUUUUGGUGGAAGAUUUUGAUGGCCUUUUAGCGCCUUCAAAAAUAGCUUUCAAUAGAGCGUCAUUUUGGAUACAAAUGUUUCACCUACCAUUGGUCUGUAUGAACAGGGAAGUGGGAAAGAAAAUAGGGGCUAUUGUCGGAGAAGUGGAAGAGGUUGAUACGGAUGCGGAAGGGAUCGGUUGGGGGGAAUACUUAAGAGUUAAAAUCUCUUUAGAUUUGUCAAAACCUCUUUCCAGGGGACGUAAAUUGAAGCUGGAAGGGAAAUUAACAUGGAUUGCCUUCCAAUAUGAAAGGCUCCCAAAGUAUUGCUUCCAUUGCGGAGUCAUCCGACAUGGGGGGGGGGUGCCCGAAGAAGAGUAA